UCUUGAUGCCGAGGGCGGAAUAUAAGAGAGAGAGAGACUCUUCAUCGCUACAAUCUGAAGAGCUCUGAAGAGGUUAGUGGCAAUUUCCGGCCUGUAGCAGAGGUGUGACGAAGAUUUUUAUUCGUUAUCCUUCAGUCUUCAGCAGAAUGUCAAGAUACCUGAUUCUGUUUAUUUUGCUGAUGGCCCUAGCAGAAAGCAUGUGCACCGGAUACGGCGGAUAUGGCGGAUACGGCGGAUAUGGCGGAUACGGUAGAGGUUAUGGUGGCGGCUAUGGACACGGGUACAAACACGGACACGGCGGCUACGGUGGUUAUGGUGUAGGACGUGUGUACAUCGUCUAUGGUAUCUAUGGUGGUUAUGGUGGCUACGGACAUGGACAUGGAUAUGGACAUAAGCAUUACAGACAUGGAUACGGCAAAUAGUGUAACAUUUGCCUUCGUUAAUAAAUAAAACGAAUUCCCUUACAAAUGUGA